AUGGAGGACCCAAUACUGAGAUGGGCACAAAUAUGUUCAGUCUAUCAGGCACUGUUGGGACCAAGUGAAGCGAUGAGAUACGUUGUCGGGUGUUCCUCAAUACAGCUCUGUAAUACUAUAUCCGGUAUGAAAGGAAAUACCAUGUGUUCUGAAUGUUGUAACACCACGCUGUGUAACAAUCAACUAUGCUCCACGAAAACAACAGCACCAAUUCCUACAAGUACAACGCCGGAAAUAACUACACAACAAGCAACGACGCCUGCCAUACAUCUGUUUGAACACCCACCUGUUGUUACAAUGAAUAGUCAAACCUCAGUUCAAUUAGGGCUUUCUUUUGCACUGACCUGUAGAUUUUCUGGGAGUGGGACACUUGCUGCAACGUGGUAUUUCAAUGGACAUAGGACCUUGCCACAUAAUGCUGUUGUCGCUAACCACAGGAUGACAUCAAAACUUUCUGUUUCAAGCAGUGAAGAGGCUAAUGCUGGCACAUACAAAUGUGAGGUGUCAAACAUUUACGGGACUGCGGCAGCAACAAGCAACGUGGUAAUUACUGGAGUCAAACCAGCUUUUAUCGAAAGACCUCCCGCGCACCUUGAUAUGGUUACCAAUGGAGACUACAGCGCCACCUGUCGGGCAUCAGGAUUACCAAAGCCAACAAUACACUUUCUCCAUCAGUCGAUGGCCGCGCUAUCAGCCAUAUAUACAAACCAAGAGCAGACUGUACUUUAUAUAUCCGACCCAUCAAUGGAUUUAUCUGAGGGUCAUGUGACCUGCACUUACGAAAACAGCUACGGGUCGAUAUCGACAAAUAUGACCCUGACUGUUCAUCAAGCAACAACGACACCUCCGAGAACAACACAUCAACCUACUACCCUACCCAUUGAUCACGUACCGUUGGCAAUAUCACUUCCGGGACAUUUAAACGUACAGCUAGGAAGUGAUGUAGUUAUACCUUGCAACGCUACUGGAAGUCCAACCCCUCAAAUCACGUGGUCUCAAGUUCCUGGCAGAUUUCCUAGCAAUGUGGAACAACAUGGAAAUUCUCUAUACAUAACAAAUGCUUCGGCCAUAAAUAGUCUGAUAUUUAUGUGUUCAGCUACGAACAUCCAUGGUAACACCAUAAAGUUGAUCAGGGUGAACGUUCAGGGAGUUCCUCCCUACAUCACGACAAAACCAGUUGGUGGAAAUGUAACUCACGGCGAAACAGUCUUGAUGGUAUGCCAGGCAACGGGAAACCCGAAACCUACCAUCUCCUGGGGUUGGCAAUCGAAAGCGAACGAUCUUGCAGUUGACGGCUCCAUCCUAAGACAAGUUCCCGGCGUAUCGAUACACGAUUCACAACUAACCAUCAGCAAUGCGUUCGAAUUACACAGUGGCGUUUAUAUAUGUACUGCAUCAAAUGCCUACGGUACUGUGACCGCUGAUGCCAACCUUAAUGUUAUCAGCGCACACGUGAACGUUGCUCCUCACCUAUUGGUCACGCCUAUACUUACUAGUACUCUGUACGGAAGUGACGUCACAAUUAACUACACCGUUACCGGAGAUCCAACACCAAGCGUUUCCUGCCUGUAUAAUAAAGCUUCAUUGCCUCCGAAUGUGCGCUUGACAGAUACGCAGUUACUCGUUAUAAAAGCAACCAACGACAACAAUGGAAUUUACCAGUGUAACGCCCACAAUAUCGAGGGGAGUGAAACUGCGACCUUUCAAAUCUCAGUGGUUGGAAUGAGUCCGACCUUCCUUACUAAACCUGUAACUACGACUGUGCUGUUCGGAUCAUCGUCGAGAUUGACUUGUAGCGCUUCUGGGGUACCAACCCCGUCUAUCCGAUGGGAAUAUCAGUCGGUCAGCGGCAGCUCCGGAUUACCCGCCGGUUCCUCGAUAAGCCCCGACCAUACCACAAUGACAAUCAAGUCGACACAGAACAGUGGAACCUUCAUCUGUCACGCUGAAAAUGCUUACGGACAGGCAACAGCACAGGCGUCCAUAUUAGUCAAAACAAGUAAUGUAAUAGUUAUAUCAAAGUUAAAUGUCAACCAAGCUCGUUGA